AUGGGGACAGACUGUGAGGAACUGAGCUGCAGGUUAACAAAGCCAUUAUCCUUUGCAGACUGUGUUGGAGAUGAGCUACCAUGGGGAUGGGAAGCUGCAUACGAUCCUCAGAUUGGUGUCUACUAUAUCGACCACAUAAACCAAACCACACAGAUAGAAGAUCCAAGAAAACAAUGGCGGCAAGAGCAAGAGAAAAUGCUAAAAGAUUAUCUUACAGUAGCACAAGAUGCACUCAUCACUCAAAAAGAACUGUAUUAUGUGAAAGAACAAAGACUGGCCCUUGCUUUGGAUGAAUAUGUGCGGUUAAAUGAUGCUUACAAGGAGAAAUCAAGCUCUCAUACAAGCUUAUUCUCAAGCUGCUCUUCCAGCACUAAGUAUGACCCUGAUAUUCUGAAGGCGGAAAUCUCUACUACAAGAUUAAGGGUUAAAAAGCUGAAGAGGGAACUCUUGCAGAUGAAGCAAGAAUUGCUAUAUAAGGAGCAAGGCUAUGAAACAUUGCAACAAAUUGACCAAAAAAUGUCUGGAGGCCAGAGUGGGUAUGAACUAAGUGAAGCCAAAGCCAUUGUAAAUGAAAUGAAGUCUAUCAGAAAGGCUAUAAGUUCUGGUGAGAAAGAGAAGCAAAAUUUAAUGCAGAGUCUUGCAAAGCUGAGAGAGAGAUUCCUCCUUGACCAAACUAUUGGCAGAUCAGAACAAGAUUUGAGAUGCAGCCCAGCACAUUCUCAGCUAUCUCUAUCAAGACAAACUUUGGAUGCAGGGUCUCAGACGGACAUUUCUGGUGAUGUUGGUGUGAGGAAUAUGACCAAUUUAGCUGAAAAGGUCAGACUGAGUCUUCAGUAUGAAGAAGCCAAAAGAAG